GAUGACUCUGAAAGUGUAGAGCUCAUUGUCAACUCUGUCAACAUGUUGCUCUCUGCGUUGCUGUUGCUUCUGGUUUGCGGGUCACAAGCCGACAAUUACUACGGCACCGUGAUGACCUACUACCCAAAGGACAUGACGACCAAUGGAUCUCUCUUGGUGAACGUUCGCUACAAGCUGAGCUUCGCCGCUUGCGCAGCCAACGACACGUGGAGUUGCAGCGGCAACUGUGGAAGUGAGACGGCGGAUGUUGAGCUGAGCGUCGUGGAGGAAAGCCCAGGGGAAUGGUGCCAGAGAGAAGGCGUCGCGACCCGCCUGGUGUCUGGCACCGCUCCGUUUCAGCUUUCGUUGGAUGGUGGAAACUGGAUAACUGGAAUCAUAAACAGCAUCGUGUCCUGGAGAGCCGUGACGGACGUAGAGCUGAGUUUCCGGUCUGAUAGCAACCAAAUCAACACCUCACCAGUGACAACCAUCCUCCCAGCUCUGAGGAUUCCUUCAAACUGUCCGAGAAACAUCAGCUUGUUGGCGUUCGACCCCGAUGGAGACGAGGUCAAAUGCAGAAAUGGGAUGACAUCAGCUUCAGAGUGCAACCCGUGCACACCUCCGUCCGUCCUCAACGUCUCAUCUUCUUGCACUCUGUCAUUCAGUCCAACAAACAGCAGCAACGAAGGGCCGUACGCAGUGCAGCUGGUGAUGGAAGACUUCUCCAGGCAGAACAUAAAUCUGGUUCAACCCGACGGCUCCUUGGUGCUGAAGACGACCAACGAAGCCAUCAGCAAGAUUCCAGUCCAGUUCGUUUUGAAAGUGGAUCCUGCUGUGCCGUCCUGCUCUGAAGGAGUCUAUCUGCCCAGAUUCCUUUCUCCAACUCCGGACCCUGGAGCCCAGAUCCUCACCAAUGUCAAUCAAGCAGUAGAAAUCAACAUUAGAGCAGAGGCCACUCAAUCCACGAUCUCUGGUCUCCUGUUCAGCGGUCCCCAUAAUGUGGUGAAAAACUCACAGGCAUUGGGAAACUUCACCUUGACAUGGACGCCAUCUAAUUUUGAAAGCGGAGAAAGCCAUCCCAUCUGCUUUGUUGUCCAGUCGAGCUUGGCUUCAUCCGUGUAUCAGUCUGACAUUAGAUGCGUCACUGUAAAAGUUGGAAAUUCCGUCCCAACAACUACCAUGCCACCAACAACCACCUAUCCAGAAACUACCUUGCCACCCAUGCCAACAACAACCACCUAUCCAGAAACUACCAUGCCACCCAUGCCAACAACAACCACCUAUCCAGAAACUACCAUGCCACCCAUGCCACCAACAACCACCUAUCCAGAAACUACCAUGCCACCCAUGCCAACAACAACCACCUAUCCAGAAACUACCAUGCCACCCAUGCCAACAACAACCACCUAUCCAGAAACUACCAUGCCACCCAUGCCAACAACAACCACCUAUCCAGAAACUACCAUGCCACCCAUGCCAACAACAACCACCUAUCCAGAAACUACCAUGCCACCCAUCCCAACAACAACCACCUAUCCAGAAACUACCAUGCCACCCAUGCCAACAAUAACCACCUAUCCAGAAACUACCAUGCCACCCAUGCCAACAACAACCACCUAUCCAGAAACUACCAUGCCACCCAUGCCAACAACAACCACCUAUCCAGAAACUACCUUGCCACCCAUGCCAACAACAACCACCUAUCCAGAAACUACCAUACCACCCAUGCCAACAACAACCACCUAUCCAGAAACUACCUUGCCACCCAUGCCAACAACAACCACCUAUCCAGAAACUACCUUGCCACCCAUGCCAACAACAACCACCUAUCCAGAAACUACCUUGCCACCCAUGCCACCAACAACCACCUAUCCAGAAACUACCUUGCCACCCAUGCCAACAACAACCACCUAUCCAGAAACUACCAUGCCACCCAUGCCAACAACAACCACCUAUCCAGAAACUACCAUGCCACCCAUGCCAACAACAACCACCUAUCCAGAAACUACCAUGCCACCCAUGCCAACAACAACCACCUAUCCAGAAACUACCUUGCCACCCAUGCCAACAACAACCACCUAUCCAGAAACUACCAUGCCACCCAUGCCAACAACAACCACCUAUCCAGAAACUACCUUGCCACCCAUGCCAACAACAACCACCUAUCCAGAAACUACCAUGCCACCCAUGCCAACAAUAACCACCUAUCCAGAAACUACCAUGCCACCCAUGCCAACAACAACCACCUAUCCAGAAACUACCAUGCCACCCAUGCCAACAACAACCACCUAUCCAGAAACUACCAUGCCACCCAUGCCAACAACAACCACCUAUCCAGAAACUACCAUGCCACCCAUGCCAACAACAACCACCUAUCCAGAAACUACCAUGCCACCCAUGCCAACAACAACCACCUAUCCAGAAACUACCAUGCCACCCAUGCCAACAAUAACCACCUAUCCAGAAACUACCAUGCCACCCAUGCCAACAACAACCACCUAUCCAGAAACUACCAUGCCACCCAUGCCAACAACAACCACCUAUCCAGAAACUACCAUGCCACCCAUGCCAACAACAACCACCUAUCCAGAAACUACCAUGCCACCCAUGCCAACAACAACCACCUAUCCAGAAACUACCAUGCCACCCAUGCCAACAACAACCACCUAUCCAGAAACUACCUUGCCACCCAUGCCAACAACAACCACCUAUCCAGAAACUACCUUGCCACCCAUGCCAACAACAACCACCUAUCCAGAAACUACCAUGCCACCCAUGCCAACAACAACCACCUAUCCAGAAACUACCUUGCCACCCAUGCCAACAACAACCACCUAUCCAGAAACUACCAUGCCACCCAUGCCAACAACAACCACCUAUCCAGAAACUACCAUGCCACCCAUGCCAACAAUAACCACCUAUCCAGAAACUACCAUGCCACCCAUGCCAACAACAACCACCUAUCCAGAAACUACCAUGCCACCCAUGCCAACAACAACCACCUAUCCAGAAACUACCAUGCCACCCAUGCCAACAACAACCACCUAUCCAGAAACUACCAUGCCACCCAUGCCAACAACAACCACCUAUCCAGAAACUACCAUGCCACCCAUGCCAACAACAACCACCUAUCCAGAAACUACCAUGCCACCCAUGCCAACAACAACCAUCCAACUCCCAACUACAACUGUUGUUUUCCCAACAACUGUUCCGACAACAACCCACAUUCCAACUACAACCGCACCAACAUCGACCGUACCCCCAGCUCCAACUACAACUACAGUUGUCUUCGGAACAGUCCCACCAGUCAUGCCACCACCAACUCAGACCAGUGCGCCAACAACUCCGCCGCCUACAAGCACAUCGGAUCCAGGACCAUAUUAUGUUAUGGCUUUGAACGCAAAGAUCUCAACGACACUUUCACUGGAGAAUGACUACAACACAAUCGUCCAACUGAUUCAGAAGGAACUGACUGAUAAAGGAUUACCACAAAACAUAAUCGUAACCAUCCGGAGAAAAGGUGCGCUGGAAAUGACAACAGCUGCCCCCUAGUGGCUAAAAGUUGUUACUGAACUCUGUGGAAAAAUGAAAUGGGUUUCCAGAUGUUUUGAUUCAGCUUCACUGUUUCAUCUCCUGUCUGUAUAUUGUUGACUAUAUUUUAUUUUAUGUCUAUACAUGCAUUUAACUGGUUUAUUUAUAAAUCACAUGUGAAAAUAAUGUGGAUAAUUCAAUUUUAUUUCUGGUUGUCGAAUAAAUUUUCGUGUGGAUUCCUUAAAGUUGUCAUAUCAACAGCUUUUUUACUGAACGUUAGAAAGUUGGUGGUUUAAAUGGUUUUUGUCAUCUGUUUUUUUGUUCUCUGUUGGAACCUGGAACAAUUUUUUAUAUUUCUAAAGAAUGCAUGUAAACUUCUCUCAUGAUGUAAAUAAAUUCAAGACAACUACUUAUGAGCUAAAUGUUUAGAUGUGCCAGAAUAAUUAAAAAAAAAAUUAAUUUUAAUGUC